UCCGCGCGUUUCCGCUUCCGCCGACGCUACCUCGUUGUUGCCGGAGUCGCCGCGUCCCUGUCCACCUCUCUGCACUAUGUCGGGUGGCCUCAAGGCGCUGCGCAGCGACUCCUACGUGGAGCUGAGCCAGUACCGGGACCAGCACUUCCGGGGUGACAAUGAAGAACAGGAAAAAUUACUAAAGAAAAGCUGUACAUUAUACGUUGGAAAUCUUUCCUUUUACACAACUGAAGAACAAAUCUAUGAACUCUUCAGCAAAAGCGGUGACAUAAAGAAAAUCAUCAUGGGUCUGGAUAAAAUGAAAAAAACAGCAUGUGGAUUCUGUUUUGUGGAAUACUAUUCAAGAGCAGAUGCAGAAAAUGCCAUGCGGUACAUAAAUGGAACUCGUCUGGAUGACCGGAUCAUUCGCACAGAUUGGGAUGCAGGCUUUAAGGAAGGCAGGCAGUAUGGACGUGGGCGAUCUGGGGGUCAGGUACGAGAUGAGUAUCGGCAAGACUAUGACGCUGGGAGAGGAGGCUAUGGAAAACUGGCGCAAAACCAGUGAGUGGUGAGAGCUCCAUCAGUGAAAAACUCACUCCUUUGGCCUGUUGAAUUUAUUGAACCUUACCCAAGGACUUCAAACCAGCUCAUUUUUACGGAGGUUUGAUCAGUAUCUCUGCUGAGCUGGAAGCCUCUUGAUGGUUUUCCUCUGAAAAUUAUUAAAGGACAGAAUCCAAAAGGAUGCCUUUAAUUCUAGUCUUAGAAUCUUGGCAAUGUGUCAGGUCACCGGAAUGAUUUUCAGUUACCAGGUCAAAAACUGUGUUCCUUGGCAACAGAUUUGAUCUGCACUUCUUUUAGGAAGACUGGAAAAAUUUAAAAAUUUGUUUUACCAUGUUUGAGUCUAAGUAGGUUCAUGAUCUAUAUUGGGGCCUGCAAUUAUUUUUUUAAGUUUGCAUGAGAUAAAGUUUAACAAAUGGAGUUUUGCUAUGUUGUAUAGCUUUGCUCUAAAUUAGUAACAGGUGUUUCACAACUGAAUUUGUUUUUUAUGAAUUCUGAUCGCUAAAGGAAAACUUAGACGUCAAGGAGCCUUCCUAAAUAUUAAUAGUUGGUGCAAAAGGAAGCCUUAGUCCCAGGGGUCUAAAGCUUCUGUGCUUUACGUAUCAGGAAAUUAGGUGCAGGACUUGAAGAGUAUUUACUAAAAACAUUUUUUCAAAAAAAAUGUAAAUGUUAUACCUAAAGCUAAAAAGAAAAAAAAAAAAGCAAGGGUCUGUAAAAUGGAGAACCUCAAAUACUCCAAGAGGUGGGGAAGACAUUGUCAGUAAGAAAUCGGAUGAAGUAUCAGAGGCACAAGUUAAAACAUUGCCUUGACAUGAUGAAGGCUGCUGUCAGGGCCAUCUGAUUUCUUCUGUUCAUUUUCAGUGAUCUUGGGGAUGGAGUGGGUUUUAAAGACCUUGAAGAUUGAGAGAAUGCUUAACAAAAACAAUCACAGAAGCUUCCUGCAGGAGAUGUCUAUUCUAGCUAAUUCUCAUAUUGAUAGGGAGCUAAUAGUCUCUACAGAGAGGGGAGUCUAGAGAAUUUAUUUUGCAUUUGUGAGGCAAGAGGUGAUUUCUAAUGUUGUGAGUUAUUGCUCAUUUAAAACUGUUAAGUCUAAUUUUCCCUGAUGUGAAAAAACUGUGCAUUUUUUUCAUUUAGCAACAAAGUAUCUUCUAACUUGCAGUAGUUUGUGAAAGUUGGGGCUGAAGUACCUCAGUGCGAACAUGUUUCAUGUUAUGGUAAGUGUAGGUUUUCCCAUUGAAUUCAAACUGUUUAUCUGCAUUUUUAAAAGAGCUGUAACUAGUUGUAACUGCUUAGAAAGAAAUUAUUUGCAAACAUUUUGAGGAUACACUGUUCAUUUUUAAAAUUUCUUUUUACACUGUAGUUUGAACUAAUGUAUUUUAUAUCCAUUUGUAGUAAAACAUAAUUCAGAUUUCUACAGGCCUUAAAACCACAAACUUAUUAUUUGAACUGUGUCUUCUGUAAGAGGUUUUAAUAAAGUUGGACCAACUUAU